AUGGUAUCCCGGAUGAAAGUACCACUCGCUAUCGCGUUGCUGGCCGUGGUCGGUACGUGUUACGCAGCCCGACUGGACAACACUUACCUUCCCCCGGGCAAUGCAGGCACCGCAGGAGGUGCAGGCUUGAUUCAAGCUCCAAAUCGUGGACCUGGAGGCCCUGGUGGCCCAGGAGGUCCUGGUGGACACGGUGGACCUGGUGGUCCUGGUAGACCAGGAGGACCUGGUGGACCAGGAUUUGGCGGAGGUGGUGGAGGUGGCAGUCCCUUCGGUGGCGGAGGUGGAAAUACUUAUGGUGCACCUGGUGGCGGUGGCGGCGGCGGCGGCGGUGGACCAAGGGGAGGUCCAGGUCAGGAUGUACCCAUCGUCUCGUUUAACAACCAGAAUGGCGGUGACGGCAACUACCAAUUCAGCUACGAAACAGGAAAUGGUAUCAGUGCGCAAGAAACGGGUCACCCGCAAGGUAACUCGGAAGCAGUGAGCGGAUCAUACUCCUACACCGGACCCGAUGGUGUACAGUAUAGCGUCACCUAUACCGCGGACGAAGAGGGAUUCCACCCACAGGGCGCGCAUCUACCGACUCCACCUCCAAUUCCGCCUGAAAUUCAACGAGGCGUUGAGUUAGCUCUCGCAGCAGAAGCUAGAGGCGAGAAUCAAGAUACUUCCGGUGGUGGCGGCGGCGGCAACGGAGGCGGAGGCGGAUACUCUCCAGGGGGUGGUUACAGCGGUAACGGUGGAGGUGGAGGUGGUGGUGGUGGCCGAGGAGGAGGAGGAGGUAGUGGCCAGUAUCAGGGUCCAAACUCGUACCAAACAAGCUCGGGCGGCUACCAUUACUAG